AUGGCGUCGCUUGCCAUGGAGAUUGGCGACGGUGAUGACUACCUGCAGCUUUGUCCUGUGGAAGAAGGCGGCGACGGAGAUGACUACCUCCAGCUUUCUCCUGUGGAAGAGGACGGCGACGGCGAAGACUACCUGCAGCUUUCACCUGUGGAGGAAGACGGCGCCGACCACCACCAGCUGCCACCCGAGGAAGACGAAGAAGAUCAAGAAGACGAGGACGGCGGACGUGUCUUCAGCAAUGAACUGCUUGGCGAGCUUCGUCUCAGCAGCCUCGCCGACAUCAUCCCACGAGUCGGCGUCAUGUGUGCUCCAGACGAUUCGGGGUUUGCCUUGGCUGUGGCCGAGGUGUCGAAGACGGUGGAAGCGCCGUCCGACGAAAGCCGCGACUGCCCAAUAUGCCUGCAGGACGACGACGCGGCAGCGUGGAAGUCGACCCCGUGCGGGCACCGGUUCCACGGGCGGUGCGUGGAGAGGUGGCUGCAGGCGAAAGGGAGCUGCCCAAUGUGCCGGAGUCAGGUGGUCACCAUGCCCACCGUCGCCGCCACACCUGCUGAUUACCAAGUUUUAGCGGAGGUGUACGGCCAGGCUUUUGUCGCCUCUACUUUUGGUGGAGCAGCUGCUUAG